AUGAAAAAAUAAAAAGAGUAAAACUUCAUAAGAAAAUACCUGUUAACCAACUUAAGAAUGCUAAUAGUUAUCCAUCAAAAGUAGUAUAUUAUGUAUUAGACACUGAAAUAUGUUUUUUUCUUUUUAGGACAAAUGCAAAGUGCUUUUUUCUAUUUAUGUCCCUGCUAUAAUGUCUCUUUCAAGAUUUAUAAUAGAUUUAUAUUCAUAUACCUCAUAAGACCAGAUUUAAUUUUGAUUGACAAUUAGAUGAUUGGCAUCGAUAAUAAAUUAUUAUACCUACUUCCAUUAAUAUGCUGGAUAUUUUUUGAAAUUUUAGUAUUACAGGGACAAGUUAUUUAUCAGGUUAUGAAUAGAAAAUAAAGCGACACUCAAAGUAAUUAAAUUGAAUUUUUUGGGUCAUUUUAAAAUAUGAUCAUAAAUAUUAAAUCAAUAUAUUCUCAGUUAUAUAUAAUUUACUUUUAUAUUCCAGCUCAAGUGUUGUCAUUUACAUCAUUUGGAAUUUCUGAAGGCAUAGCGAAUAUUGGUAUCUCAAUUUUUAGUAUAAUUACUGUAAUAAUUCAAGUCAUUAAUCAAAUGAUUAAACUUUAUGUUAGUAAUACUUGUUUAAAUUUAACAAUAAAAGGAUAUGAAAGGUUAUACUUUACAAAAUUUGACUUUAUUCGAGAAAUGUUAAUUUUGAUUUAAUUAAUAAUUUAUGGUAUCUUAACUAAUUUUGAGAAAGCACAAUUAGCUCAAGGGAUUGUAAUUGUACUUGUGAGUUUAACUUACAUUUUGAACGUAAUUAUUGAUAAAUCGAUUGUUAUUGAAAGAUUUACUCAAAUUAUUUUAAUUGUCCAUAUCAGUUUAAUUGUAAUAAUUACAACAUCUCUUUUACAUUAUUGGCAAUUAGGGUUAAUUUUGAUACCAUUAUGUAUUUUUGUUAGUUUCUCAUAUCGUUAACAAGUUAUUUUGAAUUUAUAUGAAAGUAUAAUAUUAGAAAAAAAUGUUCAAAAAAUAAUUCAUUAUAUCUCAUAUUAAAUUAAUAAUAAACAAAAAGGUUUGGAAAGAAUAGAUUAGGUGUCUCAAGCAAUUUUGUUGUAUUAACAUAGGUAAAAAUGCAAUGAUCCAAUGUGUCAUUGUAAUACAAAUAAAAGCCUCACGGAUAAUCCAUCUAAAGUUCUCUUUUUAUCAUCAAAGUUAUAGAGGAAUUUUAUAAUUCAAAAAAUUAAGCAUUGGAACAAAGAAUUGAAUUAAAAGAAGGAUAUUUCUUCUCACAAUUCUUGUGUAUUUUAUAUUAGUGCCUUAAAUUAUUUUGGAUUCACUACUCUAGCCUUUUAAGAAUGCAAUCGUUUAUUGUCAUUAUCAGCACAUUAAAAUAGAGGAUUUUUAAGUCACAGCGAUGCAAACUCCCUUUCUUAAAGUCAUCAAUAAAGCACUCCUUCUCAAUCAUCUGAACCACGAAAUAAAGUGAAUUAAGCAAAACUGUAGGAAAUAAAUGCUAAAUCGAUUGAAAAAUAAUAAAAAAUUAAAAUAAAUGUUCGUAACAACCUUUUAGAUUUGCUUUCUUAAAUAAAACUUAAAAUAAUCAGCAAAGAUAUCAAAUUAGAAUUGUAGAAUACUUUCCUUAAACAAUAAACAAAGUAAUAAGAAGAAAUUGCAGAUGCUGUAGAGUUAUAUCUAUAAAGUGAAUAAUAAAAUUAGAUUGUUAAACACAAGAUCUUGAAGUGUUUACAAUAAAAAUUAUAGUUUUCUAAUAUGAUUCUCAAUAAAAAGGGAUUGAGAUCUCGAUAAUUAUUUUAUCAUGCGAAAAUACUAUCGAAUUUAUUCUAUUAAUUGGAAACGGAACUCUUAUUCUAAUAUUCAUAAUUUCCAAGUCAAAAGAUUUAAUCUAUUAAUUGUUUCUUCCAGUCUGAAAUUAUGAAUAAUUAUUUAUCAGCAUUCAAAUUAUCAAAUUUUAGCACAAUCGCUGAUGAUAAGCUUAUUAAUAUGAAAAAGAAUUUGAAAAUUAAUUUGUUCGGGAAAAAUGUAGUCCAUAUGAUUAUGUAUUUAUCAGAUAACUUAUCAACUUUGGUUAUUUCCUAAUUUAGCAAUAAUACUCAUCAAUUUUUAUCAUAAAGUUAUGAAGAUUUCAUAAAAUAAAAUAAAACUAUUGAUUCAAUUUUACCUUCUGCUAUAAGAAAUGAACAUUAUAUGUUAGUUUAGAGAUUUAUGAAUGAUGGUAGAAACAAAUACUUUAGAAAUAUAGACAUAAGUUUUCUAGAAUUGCAGAAUGGAUUUUUAAAGCCGUUCAAUUUGAUUCUUGAUAUUGUUUUGAAUUAAACAGAGAAUUUGUCGUUUGCUGCAUUUUUUGAAGAAGUUUCUAUUGGAAAUAGUUAUAUCUUGGUUGAUGUGAAUGGAAUAUGCGGAGGUAUGACUGCUAAUCUAUUGGAAAGAUCAGGUUGGAAGGCUUCAGAAAUUAAAUAAAACUCAAAACUAAUUAAUACCUCUUAUCAGAUAAAUAUCAAUUCAAUAAUACCAGAUUUUAACGAAAUGAAAAUGCAUUAAAAAGAUAAUAAAUUUUAUAAUGUGCAAAUUAAUUUAUUGAAUAAAAGAUUAUUGAUCGGAAAGGAAUCUCGUUCUAUUUAAUCCUUUCAUGAUGUAUGGAAACACUUUUAAAAUUUAACAUUCUAUAAAGGAACCAUUAUUAUAUCAAGUAGAGAAUUGUAUGGCUACUAUUAUUACAUUAUUGAAAUAGAGGAUUUAAGAUUAAAUUAGACAAUAUCACACAUGUCAAAUACGGAUGGAAAAGGAAUGACAACAUAAAGAUUUGAUUAAGAUCAUACAAAUGAAAUAGAAGUUAGUGAACUUGAAGUAUCAUACCCUGAAGCCGAAAUUAACAAGCCAUAGUUCUUAGAUAUAUGUUAAUAAUCCUUAUCUGAAUUUUAAUAAGAAAUAGAGAAUAAUUUACUUCAGAGUCAAUAGAUGCAAGUAGGAUUGGCUUAGCAUCUUGUAGCUAAUAAGUAACCCUUUCCUGAGAAUUUGAUUAAAUUGAAUCAAUCAUUAAAUGACUAAUCAUUUGAUAAUCAUAAAAAUAUUGAGCAUAACAAUGCUGUUGAUGUCACUCCAAAUCAAAGUAUUCGCAAACUAAUAGAUACAAGCAAAUCUUUUGGGUAGUAGAGGUUUUUUAAUUAAGAGAUCCAAGAUUUGGAUUAAUCUAAUAGCAAAAUAAGUGAAGCUUUUCAAAAUUAGAUGAAGGAUGUUAAUUAAUUGUAUGAUGUAGACUUAAAUAAAAUUGAUAAAGAGAUGAGAGAAAAUAUUAAAAUGCAAUUACAACUAGAGGUAGAAUAGAAAAAUUAACCAAAUUAGCAAGUUGAUGAUGCCGCCUCUUAGGUUUCAUCAUUAAUUGGUUUAAAGAAGUCUUUAUUCUACAAAAAAUAUGAAUUAAUGAAUGGGAUAAUCGAUAGUACUUUUAGACCCAUCUCCUAUAAAUUAUGCAACAUUUUUUUUUUAAUUUAAUUGAUUUUAAUAGCAAUAUAUAGUGUAAUCAUAUUAUAGAAUUUGAACACAGAUUAUAAUAGGUUCAUAUAAGAAGUAGAUAUGCUUUUAUUUAGCUAUAGCUUUAUGACUCCUUUUGAUAUAUUUUAAGCUUUAAGAUUCUCCACUGUUUAUUAUUCAGGGUAGGUUCCAGCUUUCAUGACUGCAGCUGAGAAUACUGUGUUAGCUGCCUGGCUAUCAAAUCAUUUGGGAGAAGGAUAUGAUGAUAUGAAGAGGAACUUUUUACAAUAAUUCUCUAACCCUUAAUUAUUAGAAUUUUUUACUGAUCAAAACUUUGAGGUUUAAUUCAUGAAGGAGAACUCAACUUCAAUGGAGGUUAAGACACUUUCUUUUAGAGAGUCUUUAAAUGUUCUUUUGUAAUAUUAAUAUCAAUUUAAAAUAGCAUAUCAAAAAAAGUCUGGUAUAAACAAUUAUCCAUUCUCUGCCUAUCCCUUUUUUAAUUAUUUGAAUUUGCAUGAUAAAUUUGAUAACAUGACUAAUGAUAUAUUAGAUUAUACUAAAUAAAGAAAACAUAUAGUUUAAGAGAAUUGGCAAUCUAUUUGGAUUCCAUUUCUAGUGUUGGAUUUUGUAUUCAUGUUGGCUACUUAUUACUACUAUACACAGUAUUUGCUAAUUUAUGAAAACUUUUUAAACCUCUUUAAAUUUAUCGAUGAAAUUUGGCUAAAUCGAGAUAUGGAAAGAUACAAAAUCUUGAUAAGUAUAUUGACAAAGAAUUCAGAUGUCAUAUUUAAGUAUCAAUUUGAUUUGGAACAAAAGGAAAAGUUUAUGAUGGCUGAAAGAUACUAAAAAGAAUCUAAAACAAUACAUGAUGUAAAGAAGAAAAAGAGUUAUCAAAAUUAUGAUAAGCUUUCAAAAAUUUCUGGACUUAUUGGUAUUUCAUUUGUUUUUUCUGUAUUCUUUAUACCAGCUUUAUUAAUUUAAUUAUAAACAAAUAGUUAUCUAUCUAAAUAUGUUAACACUGCUGACUUUUACAAAUUUACAGGAGAUCUAUGCUUUUAAUUACCAGGCAUGUUUUCAUAAAGACAAUUCUUAUAUAAGUGGUCAGUCUAUAAUUUAGAUUUAAAAGAUAAACCAAGAAUGAUAGCUCGAUUAUUUAAGAGUAUUGAUAAUCUAAAAUUAUUUGAUGAAUAUGUACAAUAAUUCAAUUAGGAGGACUACCUAACAACUCAAAGUUUUAUAGAUAAAUUGAAUUUGCUUGUUAAAAGUCCGGUGUGUAAGUUCUUUACUGGGGAUUAAUAUAAUGAUUAUGCUUUCUACUGUUCAAGAUCUUUUGACGGAGCAUUAGACAUGGGUCUUAGUUAAGCUAUGAUGUAUGCAGCAAAUCAAUACAAAGUAACAUUUGCUUUGAAUAAUUUUACUUCUAUCGCUUAAUACUUUAGAUAUGAGGCUGAAGGCAUGUACAUUAUGGUAAAGGGCAUGAUUGAGUUGGUUGCUUCUUUAAAGGAGGCUUUGCUGUAAGCAACAUUUUCCCAAAUGGAUUAAAUUAUAGCGUUGAGUGUUUUUCUAUUGGUCUUUCAAUUUGUAGUGUUUUUCAUUCAGUACUUUGUACUUCAUAAGUAUUACACAGAGGAAUAUAAUUUGGUGAAAAGGUAUAUGUUAUUAUUGCCAUCUUCAACUUUGUUAUUGGAUGACAAUUUUGAAAGAAAUAUUAGAAUAUUCUAUGCGCAAUAUUAAAUAUGA